UAACCUGCCGUUGCCAACAACUUCAAACAGCCCUUUUCGGAGCCCGUCAGCAGUGUGUCGCCUGGCAGUGCUGCUUCUCCUUCUGGCCUGGUAACUUGAAACAUGCUGUCCUUCGCUUUGAGACAACUCACACGGCCACUGUGCCAACGAGCCCCGGUUCGUCUUGGUGUACGUGGGCAGCAGUCCCACGCUGCCACCCGUGCAGUGGAUGAAGAUCGUCCAUGGACGGGCCAGGAAACCCUGUCUCAGGAUGACCCCGAGAUGUGGGAUCUACUGCAGAGGGAGAAGGACAGGCAGUGCCGUGGUUUGGAGCUCAUUGCAUCUGAGAAUUUCUGCAGUCGAGCCGCUCUGGAAGCUCUGGGCUCCUGUCUGAACAACAAAUACUCCGAAGGCUACCCAGGGAGAAGGUACUAUGGUGGAGCAGAAGUGGUCGACCAAAUCGAGGUCCUGUGUCAAAAGCGAGCCUUGGAAGCCUUUGACCUGGACCCAGCUCAGUGGGGUGUCAACGUGCAGCCAUACUCUGGCUCCCCCGCCAACUUCGCAGUCUACACUGCCGUUCUCAACCCCCAUGAUCGCAUCAUGGGCCUGGACCUGCCCGAUGGAGGACAUCUGACCCAUGGCUACAUGUCUGAUGUGAAGAGGAUCUCAGCAACCUCAAUCUAUUUUGAGUCCAUGCCCUACAAGCUCAAUACUGCAACAGGACUCAUAGACUACGACCAGAUGGAGAUGACGGCCAAGCUGUUCAGGCCCAAGCUCAUCAUCGCUGGCACCAGCGCCUAUGCCCGGCUCAUUGACUACGCACGCAUCAAGAAGCUAUGUACCGACAUUAAGGCCUACAUGCUAGCUGACAUGGCCCAUAUCAGUGGCCUGGUGGCAGCCGGAGCUAUUCCCUCUCCCUUUGAACACGCUGACCUGGUCACUUCUACCACACACAAAUCCCUCAGAGGAGCCAGGGCUGGUCUCAUCUUCUAUCGUAAAGGUGUCCGCUCUGUGGACAAGAAGGGGAAGGAAAUCAUGUACGACCUUGAGGACAAGGUCAACUUCUCUGUCUUCCCCUCCCUGCAGGGUGGACCUCAUAAUCAUGCCAUCGCUGGUGUAGCUGUGGCACUCAGACAGGCACAGUCUCCCAUGUUCAAGGAGUAUAUCAGCCAGGUACUAAAGAACGCCAAGUCCAUGGCUACAGCUCUUCUCAGCAAAGGCUACACCCUGGUAUCAGGCGGGACCGACAACCACUUGGUCCUGGUGGAUCUGCGGCCUAAGGGUAUCGACGGGGCUCGGGCCGAAAGGGUGCUGGAGCUUGUGUCAAUCACUGCCAAUAAGAACACCUGCCCCGGGGACAAGAGUGCCCUGACUCCUGGUGGCCUCAGGCUAGGUGCUCCAGCACUGACCUCCAGGCAGUUCAAAGAAGCUGACUUUGUGCAAGUUGUCGAAUUCAUGGAUGAGGGCUUCAAGAUUGCCUUGGAUGUGAAGAAAAAGACAGGAAAGCUCCAGGACUUCAAGAACUUCCUGCUUCAAGACCCUGAGACCAUGGCUCGCAUCGCCGACCUGCGCCACCGUGUCGAAGUCUUCGCCAGGCCUUUCCCCAUGCCAGGCUUCCAUGACCAUUAGGCUAGUUGAUAUGGAGUCGGGGGCCAUAACAUCCAGGUGCCAGAAAGCUGGCUGGGAGGAGAUGUGCACAGGGAAGAAGAGGUGUCAUGCUAGUGAAAUGUGGUUGGUGGCUGUGAAUUGGGAUGACUCUUGGGUUCCCUUUUUCCAAUAAGUUCUGGGAGACCACAUUGUUUUGGUUUUCUUUUUUUUUUUUUUUUUACACUUUUUGCAGUUUCCAUCAAUCUAUUCUUGUAAAAACGUCGAGGUAAAGUAAAGAAACAAUAAAAUUUGACAGAGAUUUUGUAGAGCCGAAGAAUCUAUUUUCUAUUGUAUAUGUAAAGAUCUUUCUCAGUUGUCUUCACACCAUUUCUUUAAUGUGGGUGUGUGGGAGGAAAAAUAACAUGUCAAAUCAAGCAACGACCAACAGUCAUUGAUGUCACACACUCUGUGACUUGAUUAGUGUUAAAUUAGUUAGAAAAUAGAGAUACACUGAUGAGUCUUAAUGCUGUAAAGCAUCUUAACCAAUGUGACUAAUAUAGACGAUUAUAUUCACAUGGAGAUGUGUGCAUGUUUGCCUUGUACUGUCAUCUUCUGUUUAUGAAACCAGGUGCAGGAGGAGGCUUCAUGAAGUGGAGGGGUGUUCUGCCAAACCAUGUUGUGCUGGCCUUUUCAAUUUUUCCGGGGGGAAAUUUGUUGAAAAUCAGAAAUUAAUCCAAAAUGUAGUCAGUAAGUUUUCCCUUUAAUUUCCCCUUAGGAGAGAUUUGUACAAUUUGUCUCCAAAGUGGAAAGGUCUAUGUGAAAUUGUACAGGAAGGGGACUAAAUAUUUUUAUCAUUUAAUAUACUGAGGUCCAAUAAAACAACACUACAAACUGUGGUCACAAUAAUUGUUUAAAAAAAACACAUUUCAUAUAUAAUGUAGACUAUUAUAAGCUGCAAAAAAUAGAAUUCACUAGGCUGUAGUAUUAGAUUGCAUUACAAUAAAUUCACCUCUUGCGUGAAAAUCUUAUAGAGGAUGCUAUUUUCUAUUGCUGCUGUUGUGAUUAUCAUCUUCCUUUCUUCAGCAUAUUGCAGAUGUCAGAUUUUAAUUGCUAUAUAUAAUGUCAUGACAGAUAAAUAACCAAAUGGAAUAACAGUAUGUCAUCCUGGAUUAUUUUCUACUUUCCUUUUAAGUGUGUUUACAAAGAGUAUAUACUUUUCUAUAUAUUAUUUAAAAAGAAUUAACUAUGUAACUACCAUAAUUUCACAUGUAUCUUAAGGUUUCCAAUACCAGCUGAUUUGUUGUACUGGAAGAAGAUGAUUUGUACUGUAAUGCAGUCUGCCUGAUUUAACAGUCGUUUAUUUCUCUAUGGUGUUCAACAAUGGGAACUGUGAAGCAGCUUGAUUUGAUAUAACAUUUUCAGAGUGUUUUGUUGUCUAUCUGGUUCACAGAUUGGAACUGUUGUCAUUAUCACUGCAUCAGUGAAGAAGCAUGAUUUCUGUUUGUGAAAUGGUCUUACAGCACAAUUGAGAAAAGGGCGUUGGAAAUAAUGUGGUACUCUCUUCCUUUGCAUAGCUUCUAAGGUGAACCAAAUCAUAUGAAUUAUCCUUAUGACAAGUUUUCGACAGCCAGUUGAAUAGACUUUGCCAAAAUAUACCAGUGAGUGUUUUACUACAGUAUUCAUGUGUCUACUGUUCGUCUGUUAUCAUCUCUGAUAUGUUGCCAGUCAUUGUACAUCAACACAAAUUUGAUCUAACUUUCUUUUACAGAACAUUUUUUAUUCAUUUUAGCUGAGUCCUAAUAAAAGCCAAUAAUUCAAA